AUGGAGCAAAUUACGAAGUAUGUUAUUAUCAUCGCUUCCCUAAUGACAGCGAAACUUACAGUGACAGAGAGUAAGAACGAUACCAAAUCGAAGAUUGAUAGACGUUAUUACCAGCCCAUCUUCGUUAAUGUUUGUGACAUCGAGGACAGAAGGUCUAAAGUUCAUUGUUAUUGUGACAGUAAUAAACCGAAGAUGGCAACAAAAGCGGACUGCUGGGUAUUUAGUGGUGGUUUGACAGAAGAAGAUCCUAUAUGGCCGAACUUUUCUUCUCAAUCAGAAAUAGAACAUCUCAUGUUCAACGUUCGGUCUGAUGACGCUCUCACAUUUAUACCUGCUAAAGCUAUUGUAAGACUUGACAAAUUAAAACACAUAUCUAUACAAUUUGGAACAAUCUCGCGUAUACCACCUUACGCUUUUACUAAUUCGUCAACGAUUAGACAAAUCGUUUUAAAAUCUAAUAAGAUAGUUAACUUAGAGAGACAUGCGUUCUCACAAAUGAUGAUGUUAUCGAACCUAAGUCUAGAUGACAAUCAGAUUUCGGAAAUAAGAAGGGAUGUGUUCUUUGGAUUGCCGAAUCUUCAUAUCUUGCAUGUAUCAAACAAUAAUUUAACUCUGAUACACGACGGUUGCUUUAAGCACUUAAAUAACUUGCUGGAAUUGAAAUUAGAUUACAACUACAUAACAGUAGUUACGAGAGAGACAUUCGAAGGACUGGAGAAUCUAUCGAGAUUAAAUUUGAGGAACAAUAAAUUGAACAUGAUUGGGAAGUUGGCUUUUAGCGAGUUGUGGGGACUAAAAGAGUUGAUACUGGAUCAUAAUCAGAUAGAAUAUGUUUCGGAGAGAGCGUUCGGGGGAUUGACUCAAUUGAGAAAGUUAACGUUGGCUGGGAAUAAGUUGACGGGGUUUUAUGAAGAUAUCCUAGAAGACGUGAGGAGUCUAAUAAUGUUGGAUCUUAGAGAUAAUCUAUUGGGGACAAUUUCUUACGAGACAAUUCGCCCGGUCGUCGAGAAUGAUAAGUCUACGUCUACGGCGGUUUACUUGGAUGGUAACCCUCUCAGCUGCGAUUGCCGUCUCUCCUGGAUCUACGUACUAAGAAACGAGACCAAGGACAAUUCCCUGAAGUACGCCCUCGAAAAAAUCUCAUGUUUCACAGACUCUACAGUCGAACGGCGUCUCAACGAUCAAGAAGACAUCGAAACCUCCAACGAGAACGUUUUAACUGGCGAUAAUUACGACUAUUACGAUAAGAAUGACGAUUACGUUGAAAAGAAAGCUAAAACAAAGGCUAAAAAGCUUAUUGACAUUCCACUAGACACACUUCCCUGUCCCAAAGAACUUAUGCAAACUAUAGAAGAAAGUUAUGGGCACCCGGUUCAAAACGAAAUACGGCUAAAAUAUUCUGCAGUUGGUAGGAACGCACCCAGUUUCAUUCUGUAUUUAAUGUUGGUAUUAUUGUUGUUCUAAAUUUAAGCGUGAAACAAAAAAGAAUAUUUGUGAUAUUAGUUGUUAAUCAUUU